AUGCAGGCCCCAGGUGGUGUGCCAAGCGAGGAGGCCACCCUCUACUGGGUGGAGGCAGUGGAGGAAGGUGCUACCCUGGAGGAGGGAGAGAUAUCGGGAAUCGGGCAGGAAGUCCAGCUGCUGGUGUUAGACGUCAUGGAGGAGGUGGAGCUGGUGGUGUACGAGGAGCAGGAGCAGGUGUCCUCGGAGGAGCAGUGCCAGGAACAUCCAAGGCCCGGAGCUCCGAGUGACCAGCCUGCACUGGAGGCGCUGGCGACCCUGCAGCUGGAGCUGGAGCCUGUGAAUAAGAAAGCCCAAAGGGUGCACGCUCGCCUGAAACAUAAGAACUGUCAGAGGCGGAUGCUGAAUCUAGAACACAGAAGUGCCAUCACCCAGGGAAUCCGUGGUUUCUGGAUUAAAGUUUUUACGAACCCCCAAAUGUCAUGUCUGAUGACCAAACAAGAGCAAGACAUGCUUCACUUCAUGACCAACUUAAAGGUGGAGGAACUCUGGCAUCCCACUCAUCACUGCAUGAUCACAUUGUCCUUUCAGAGGAAUAGGUAUUUCCAAAAAGAAGUAAUUGUUAAGAAAUAUCUCAUUAACGUCACUGGUAAGAGAUACCAAGUAUCCUGUUCCACUCCAAUUCAGUGGCACCAGGGGUUUGAACGUAAGGCAUACAGCCGCAGGAACCACAACAGCAGCGUUAACUUCUUCAACUGGCUCUCUGACCACAGCUUCACAGGAUCUGACCAGAUUGCUGAGGUCAUCAUAAAGGAUCUGUGGCCCAAUCCUUUGCAGUACUAUGUGAGGAGGAAGGCUCCAGCAUGA